CAACUUUAUUUCCUAUUGUUGAUAGUGUCUGGCGUAACUCCGCAUACACAUCUGCUUGUGUAGUGUAUUCGCGGGUUUAUGAUGAGUUUUAGACGCGAGUGAGACUCAGGUUGCUGCAACGUUUAUUUACUUCUUUUUUGGUCGUUUUUUCCACUCUCUUUUCGGCUAAAAAAAUAGAAAGGAUUUCUUGUUCAGACACUAAAGGCGCGAGUCUUUCUCUCGCCAUGGCCGAGCCGCGUUGUUUUCAAACCCAGCUGAACUCCAUCAUGGAGAUCAUGAGCAGAGCCGUCGUGAGGCAGAUCUGUAAAAUCGUGGAAAGCGACCUGGCAUCCUUACGACUGGAGCUGGAGCGCGCGCUUCACGACAACGCGGCGCUCGGGGACAAAAUGCGCGUCCUCGAGAGCGAAGUGGAAACUCUGCGGAAAGCGGGAGCGCGCAGUUCGCGCAAGAGCUGCCGGUCUGUUUACAUUCAGACAUCGGAAGAUGCUCCACCAUCCAUUAACGGCAUCUUCGGGAAGGAGUGGUGCUCCAGUCUGUGGGACGGAAGGCCCAGGACAGGAGAGGAGGCGGUGGAGGUGGAGCCGGAGCCGGACGUGUCUGAUGAGCCUGAAAACGAUGAUGAAAGCAGUGUGCGUGCCAUCAAAGAGGAGGUUUCUGAACAGGAAAUCUGUGUCAUCAGUCCAACAUCAGGGAACAGAAGAAAGACGUCGUCCACGUCAACAGAUCCUCAUGACGCCUCAGAAGAUGCGGCUGACGACGACGACAUACACUUCGUAUCUGCUGGACUUCCAGAGACCUCUGACGUCGAUGCUAUAGCGCCGGAGUCCCCGAGAGCCUCCGCAACAAGGCUGAUCUCUAUGGACGGUACAGUUCAGCAUGUCAUAGUGUCCGGCGACGAUGACGAUGAGGAGGUGGAAGAAGAUCAGCUGGAGUUUGAGCAGCACUGCAUGCCCAUUGAGUUUAUGGACGGUGUACAGGGAGAAGCUGCGGCAUUCGAGAGACAGGAAGAGGUGGGGCCGGAGGUGGAGCAGGACAUUUUAACCGAUUCAGAGUACCUUUCCGGCUCAGGUGGAGGAGAAGAUGGAGGAGAAGGAGGGGCAGGUCACAUUUUUAAUUACUUUGACAGAUUCAAUAUUAAUCAGCAACCCGGUCCAGGUGACGACUCAGGUAAGACAGACUUCACCUGUCCUGAAUGCGGGAAGACGUUCCUGCGACGGAACGGUCUCACGCUGCACAUGAAGAGUCACCAAAAGCAAAACGCGCACAUGUGCCGCACCUGCAAAGUCGCCUUCCCGCAAAAGAACCUCCUCCGAACGCACAAGUGUCUGCCUCCGGGAAAAACUCUGGCCAAAACGGCGGACAUGAGGUUCCGCUGUGAGGUGUGCAACAAAUAUUUUCACUCCAAAGCCAACCUGAAGGUCCACUACGCCGUGCACACGGGAGAGCGGCCUCACACCUGCAGCUUCUGCGGAAGAGGCUUCUCCCAGAAAGGAAACCUCACCACUCACGAGCGCAUCCACAAGGGCGAGCGGCCGUACAUCUGCACCAUCUGCGGAAAAAGCUUCACCCAGAAAGGCAACCUGACACACCACCUGGCUAUUCACAGCAAGAUAAACGGCAGGAUGAGGAACUCUGCGGAAAAAUGGCAGUGAUUUUCUUAUUCAUAUUAACAUCUUUUUAACUUGCAGUAUAACAACACUUUUUGAAAUCUGAUUCAUUUCACUUUCUGUCUUUCUGUUUGUCUGUUUUUAGCAAGUCUCGUGGUUUUUUCGAGGUUUUAACACCAAAAGUUUUACAAGAAACCAAGAACGUGAGAAUUUUUGUGUAACGAAUGCCUGAGCCACACUAGACGAGACGAGAGUGAUGCUGAUUUAUUUAAAAACCUAUUCCUGCAGAGACGAGGUUCAGCCGACUUUCACAAACAGCGUGUUGUCAUCACAUAUUUUUUUGCGUAGUCCUCAUAAAGCGCCUCUACAUGAGGGCAAGUACAAGGCGUUUUCACUGGCGAAGCCGGGUUUGUCUUCGCACAUCACUUUUGACUUGUUACCGAGAGGCGGUCAAUCAUGUUAUUGGUUCUGGACAUGCAGAACUUGUCAGAGUUUUAAAACUGGGUUUGUUGCUUUGUUAAAAAAAAAAGAAAGAAAGAAAAAUCUGUUUUAUUUCCAUAGACUGUUACCUACUCAGAGAUCUUACCAGUGACUUCGACAUAUCAUCUUGUCAAUGUGCUUCCUGAUUUAUGGAAUUUUAAAUGGAGUUUCUCUCAUUUUAAACCUUGCAUAACCGAAAAGAACAGCUCGAGAACGGUUCUCAACUUCUCUAAACCACACUGCAGUCGUAGCCUCCUGAUUUAAGAUCAUCGGUAUUAAAUAUCUCCCAUAUUUACGACGGGUAUUCGCGACGGUGUUGUAUCCUGAUCAAGCUGAACUCCUGUGCUCUUAAGAGUUAGAUUUUUUGUUUUAUUCAGAGAGAAUCCAGGAGAACAAGGAAAUUGGCAUCAGUCAUUAUAUCUGGUGUGUGUCACACUUUUUAACCUCAGUGUAAAAGUCGCAGUGUGGCUCAGGCAUAAAGCUUUAAUCUCAGCAUCUCGUUUCUAUGUCAAUAGUUAAUCUACAUUUGUUAAAAAAAAACAACUUUGCACCAGUAGUAUGGAUUUUAUGUACCAACUUAAAAUAUAUGAUGUAUUUUAGAAACCUCUGGUGUUUUUCUUUCAGUGUGAUGAUAUGUGAGGCACCUUCUACAUACACUUAUAUUGCCAAAAGUAUUGGGAUGAUGCACAUGAAUUUAAUAUAUAAAAUAACAUUUGCAUUUGUGAGGUCAGGCACUGAUGUUGGUCUAAUUCAUCCCAAAGGUGUUCUGUGGGGUUGAGGUCAGGACUCAAGUUCCUCCACACCAAACUCGCUCAUCCAUGUCUUUAUGGACCUUGCUUUGUGCACUGGUGUGCGGUCAUGUUGGAACAGGAAGGGGUCAUCCCCAAACUGUUCCCACAAAGAGCAUGAAAUUGUCCAAAACAUCUUGGUGUCCUGCAGCAUUAAGAGUUCCUUUCAGUGGAACUAAGGGGCCGAGCCCAACCCCUGAAAAACAGCACCUGAAUUCAGUGAUUUGGAGGGGUGUCCCGAAACUUUUGGCAAUGUAGUGUACCUUCAAGAAUACACACACACACUCACUCCAUUAAUAUUGCACAAUAAUACACACAAAAAAUAUGAUAUAAAUUAAUAAACAGUUUGACAAACAAAAAACUAAAAUUGUAGUAGGGAAAAUUAAUUGAAAAGUAAAAAUUAAAGCUUGAAGUAUGUCUGCUUUUGUUUAUACAGCAGAGCAAAACCGAUUUAAUUUGGUUUUAAAUCUGAAUUUUAGACCGUUUACAUGCACCAUUAUCUCAUUUUUUAAUAGUAAAGAUUUGAGUGUGCAUGUGUUUGGUGUUGUGGUUAGUAGUCUUA